UUUAUACUUAUAUUACACUCAAAACGUUGUGAUGCGAUUAGUAGGCAACCUAGGCACUUCAUGGGUCUGAUUAACGGAGUUGAAUUCGUGUGUACUUCUUAACCUGUAUCCAUGAAACUUAACAGAGGGAGCUAAGACGGAAAAUGGAUUCUGACACUUGAUCUCCGUGUAGAGGAGAGAGUUUCAUCCUGAUUUUGAUUCCCUGCUGAAGUGCGGGGUUUCCAAAUGAUGUUCAAAAGACAAAAAUGAAUGUGAGAAAAGUCGUCCCGCAGAUGUCCCUGAUAAAGGGUUAUGAAAUAUGUAUUGAGAUACUCAACAGGUUGAAACUUAAUUACAUUAAAUAACUAUAGUAUGUAAUUAGAGGUAUUACAGUGAUAAUUUUGUAAUUAAAACUACCCUGAUGACCGAGAUACUUUUUGGGAACUGGUCCAAAAGGGCUCCUAUUGUGUCUUGGUUGAAAUUUAAAUACACAUAAUUCUUAAAUUUGUUGAAUGGAUUAAGUCACUAACAUACACAUAAUCCCUGUCACAUGUUCAAACAAAAUAACUUUAUGUCACAUUGUCAUUCACAAUGAUAAUUAAAUCUAACUGAUCCUACACAUUUUUUUAUUCAGAAAAGCUUAUGCUUCAUUGAAAUAGUAAAUUUAGCCACGACGAUCCUGAAAAAGGUGACGGUGGAGCUAAAUGUUGGCACAACAAAGCUAACUGGGGAGGAAAGACACAAACAGAAAACACAAGAAACAAGAAAACAUGAAACUGCUCACAACAAAGCUGUGGAUUAUCUUGAGUAACCGGGUCAUGAAUGCUGUUGAGUUUUUCAAAUGUGAAAAACUCAACAGUGAGUACAGUGGUAAGUACAGUGGAAGUUUGAAAGGCCCUUUUUACUGUUUACAUGUUGACAUGUCACAGUAGGAAUAGCACAGGUGUAAAUACUAAAAUGAAUGAUGGCCGAAUUCCAUUUAGCUGCUGGCUUACUGCGACACUGGAACACAAUGGAGCCAUCGUUAAUGUUAUUUAUAACACCUGUGCAUUUCCUACUGGGACAAGUCAAAAUGUCUGCUGUGAAAAAGGCUUUUUGAGAUUUUACUGUACUUAAGGACAGUUGAGCAAGGCACCGACUCUCUCACAUUCUUGUGAGGCCAGCAAGAAAAAUGACAUCAGUUAAAAUAAAGUCAUUUUUAUUGUUACAACAUUCAGUGCAUGACAAAAUUAACUUUAAUAUUGUGGUAUUUGCCUAUUCAACAUGUUUUCUGUUUGUGUCUUUCCUCCCCGGUUAGCCUUGUUAUGCCAACAUUUAGCCUAUAAAUGAAAAAAAUAAGUUUUAUUUCCUGCUUUUAAUGCUGAUGUAACCAGUAUAUCUGAAGUGUCGUAUUAAUAGUGGUGGUCAUCAUAUCUAAGGAAAUGUAGUAUGUGAAGUUAUAGGGAGGUUGAACAGUCUUAAUCUCCUAUGUGACCAUCAGUCAACUGCCAGUUUCCUGUUGCAUCUUUCUAACAUCCUUUUUUUUUUUUUUUUUGGUUUUGCAUGUUGAGAAUGUGACAUUGUGUUGAGUAGGCAGAACCAAGUUCAUAGUUGUUUGACAGUUAGGCAUUUGGCUUCAGCUUUCCUCUCUUGGAAGGAGGCGUCAGUGGGUGAACAGCUAUGGUGCUGUCUCACCUCCCUCUCCCCUUCCUCCUCCUCUUUCUCUCUUCCAUCCCCUCUUCCAUCCCCUGCACAUCUCUCUCACAAACCUCCACCCAUGCUGUUGCCCUCCCCCAUGGCCCCCUGCUGGCUGCAGCAGGUCCGAUCUUGCAGGACCGGCCCUUUGUUGUGGUGUGGAACAUGCCCACCACACAGUGUCAGAAACGCUACAACAUCCACCUGGACCUGGCAGACUUCGAUAUCGUGGAGAACCGACAGCAGCGCUUCCAAGGACAGAAAAUGACCAUCUUCUACCGUGACUGCCUGGGGAAAUAUCCAUACCUCUCCGGAGAUAACAGGAAGGUGAACGGAGGGAUACCGCAGCUUGGCGACCUUUCAGCUCACUUUUCUCUUGCAGCGACGCAGAUAUCCAACUUGCUGCAGCCAAACUUCACUGGUUUAGCCGUUAUCGACUGGGAAGAGUGGUGGCCACUGUGGGAGAGAAACAUUGGAACCAAGAUGGAGUACCGGAGGCUGUCCAAGCUGCUGGUGAGACAGGAGAGACCGGAUUUGUCAGAGAAGGCCAUGACAUUGUUGGCAAGGCAAAUGUUUGAGGAGGGCGCUCGGAAGUUCAUGGAGGAGACGCUGCAGUUGGCAGUCAGAUAUCGUCCCAAAGGACUCUGGGGGUUUUAUGGUUUCCCUGCCUGCUUUAAUAACCAUAAGAGAAAGACAGAUAAAAGCUACACAGGACACUGCCACAGGGGGACCAAAAAGCAAAAUGACCGGCUGUCCUGGCUCUGGUGUCAAUCCACCGCUCUCUAUCCUAGCAUCUAUCUGCCACAAAGGCUGGCAGGAUCCAUGGAUGCAGCUCUGAUGGUCAGACACAGACUGCUGGAGGCUUUGAGGGUGGCGUCAGUUUGGUGCCAUGGCAACAAUACCAAUCAUGCCACACCAGUCCUUCCCUACGCCAGGCUAGCAUUCACGCACACUCUUACCUUUCUUAAUAAGACAGACCUGGUGCACACAUUGGGGGAGAGUGCGGCACUGGGAGCUGCUGGAGUGGUGCUGUGGGGAGAGUUGAAAUUUGCCAAAUCCAAGCAUCAGUGCAUCCUUCUCAGAGACUACAUACACACUGUCUUGGGUCCCUUCGUCCAGUCGCUGAGGUCUGACACCCAGCGCUGCAGUCUCCAACUUUGCCAAGGCAAUGGGCGCUGCACCAGGCGACACCCCAGCUCCAGUCACAUGGUCUCCUCAGGUCCAGCUAUAACCUCUUACCCUAAUGAAAUCAGCCAAACUUUUCACAACCACUUCAUGUGUCAGUGCUACCCAGGCUGGACUGGGCAGAAGUGUCAAGAGAAGAAGGACGAAAACAGACAGAAGAACAAGUAACCCAAACUUUUCUGUCCAGGUGCCGUCAGUCAGAACCACAUUAUUACACUUAAUGAAUCGACAGCUCCUAAUGUAAUGUAAAAAUAAAUUAAAAUAAUUAAAUAUGUUUAAA